UAAAAUGAAAAGACUCCAAGUUAUCAGAUCGCACUUCAAAUGAAGCAGCACGGGGAAUCGUGCUUUCGACGACUGUUUUCCCUCGUAAGGCGGGGUAGGCGAUUUGCACUAUACGCGGGAAUUAUUGCACUAAUACUGAUAGCUCUUAUACAUAGCUACUAUUCGGGUUAUACCACUGGUUCUACUAUGAACAAGACUGCCUUGACACGACCGAUAAAAGUUACACGCGACGCAAACCAUGAAAACAUCCCUGCUUGCAAGUUACCGGAACUAGACCCAUAUCACAAGGACAUCAUUUCGAGUAUGGUUAACUAUGACCGACUGCGUUGUUACGGCUCCCAACACAGCGAACUCAGAAAUGGAAUUCUAAAUAUCGCACUGCACUCCUGGGAAAAUAUAAGAGCUUCAUACAGAAAAAUAACUAGAGCUAAAAGAAAGAACGAGAGUGACUUUAAAGUCGAACUUGGAAAGGAAAUUCCUAUUGGAGGGAAUGCUAGUUCAAGUACUACAAUUAGUGUCCCAGUGAGCUCUGAAUUCAUAGAAGUCAGUAUACACAACGCAGAAAAUGACCAAACACAAAAAGAGGUCCACAUGCAAAUCGUGCGCAAAGAGGAUAUAGCAAGUCGACCUGUAUCACUUGGCGAUCUACCGGUUAAUGUCUUCUUUAUCAUACUUGAGUCGACAUCAGCUGCGCAAUUUCAGCGGAAACUAAAAAGAACCCGGCAAUAUUUGAUAGAGCAAGGCCAUACCUUGUUUUUCAAGGGCGAAGGGAUAGUCGGAGAUGGCACAACCGCUCAACUCUCAGCCCUACUCACAGGGAUGCCUGUGUAUCAGCAGACCGAGGCAAGAAAGGGGGAACCUGGGGCCCAGACUGUUGAUGGGUGGAACUGGAUUUUUCGAGAUUUUGUGAAGCACGGGUACGCCACAAUGCAUUCUGAAGACGAUCCAUCGUUAGGCGCGUUUAAUUUGAGACUAAAGGGGUUUCAUGAGCCGCCCACAGACCAUUAUGCCCGGCCUUUUUGGAUACAUGUGGACGAAACGAUUGUCCAGGAAAAUGAUAACAAACGUUGUGUUGGAAAUCAAGCUAUUCACAAGAUUUCUCUGAACUACUUAGAGGACUUUGUCAAUGCGUACUGGGACCGCCCCAAGUUUGGGGUGGUAUUUUUCUCGUAUUUGACGCACAAUGACGAAAAUGCACUUGGAUACGCGGAUAAAGACCUAGUGGAGCUAUUCAGUAAUCUAGAGAGGGACUCUCAUCUUAACAACUCUAUGGUCUUUAUCAUGGGUGAUCACGGAAUCAGAUUCGGCGAAUGGCGGAAAACAAUGCACGGUAAACUAGAGGAACGGUUGCCUCAUCUAUCGCUUACCCUUCCACCGUGGUUUGCGUUUAAUUUUCCCGAUUUAUACAGCAACUUGAAAAGCAAUUCCGAGGUACUAACGUCACCAUUUGACUUGUAUGCCACACUUAGACACAUCUUGAGCUACCCUAAGCAGCCAACAGGAAUUCGCGUCGGUCAAAGCCUGUUAAACCGGAUUGAACCAAGCUCUCGCACAUGCGCAUCAGCGGGUAUUGAUAGCCACUGGUGUCCUUGCCUGACUUGGGAGAGAGAAGACGUCCGUCAACCAAUCGCAGGGAUCAUUGCAAACAGAAUCGUCAAGUUCAUCAAUGAAUUAACAGUUAAAGGUUCGAAGACUCUUAAUCUGUGUGAAAAACUAAAACUUACGGAAAUCAAAUCUCUGUCCAAACAAAUGCCAAACAUAAAGGUGCAAACGUUUAUUAAGACAAAAAAGAACGAUAUCUGUGACUCGUGCGGUACGGUUCAUGGCAGAAAAGCACGUGACUCAAUGUCCGAGGGGGGGUAUCAAGUUCAGUUUGUCGUCUCGCCCGGAGAUGGCAUGUUCGAGGCAAGUGUAGGCUUGAAGGACGGGGAGCUUGUGGUAGACCAGCGGUUUAUAAGUAGGAUAAACAGUUAUGGUGACCAAUCAUAUUGCGUUAAAGAUCAGCCACAUCUGCUUAAGUUUUGUUAUUGUAGGUAGUGCCAUAAACACUGGAAAAGAGGUUUAAGAGAAACAUUUUAAAUAGUAUAGCAAUAGUAAGUUACACACACCUUUCAUGACAAAAAGUCAGUUGGAUAUCAAAACGUGGAUUACUGCAUAUGUUUGGCGUCAGGUGGAUAUCAAAAGGUAGAUUGGUACAAAUGCAUAUCGUCAGUUGGUUUUCAAAACAUGGAUUACUGCAUAUGCUUGGCGUCAGGUGAAUAUCAAAAUGUGGCUUGGUGUAUAUGCUUGGCGUCAGGUGAAUAUCAAAAUCUGGCUUGGUGCAUAUGCUCGGCGUCAAGUGGAUAUCAAAAGGUGGCUUGGUGGGUAUGCUUGGCGUCUGUUGGAUACCGAAAGGUAGCUUGGUGCAUAUGCAUGGCGUCAGUUGGACAUGCUUGGAAUCAGGUGGAUAUAAAAGGUGACUUAGUGGAUAUGCUUCGCGUCAGUUGGAUAUCGCAAAAGGUGGCUUGGUGAAUAUACUUGGCGUCAUGUCGAUAUCAAAAGGUAGCUUGGCGAAUAAGCUUGGAGUCAAGUGGAUAUCAAAAGCUGCCUUAGUGCAUAUGCUUGGCUUCAGGUGAAUAUCAAAAUGGGGCUUGGUGUAUAUGCUUGGCGUCAGGUGAAUAUCAAAAUCUGGCUUGGUGCAUAUGCUUGGCGUCAAGUGGAUAUCAAAAGGUGCCUUGGUGCAUAUGCUUGGCGCCAGGUAAAUAUCAAAAGGUGCCUUGGUUUAUAUGCUUGGCGUCAAGUGGAUAUCAAAAGGUGGCUUGGUGCAUAUGCUUGGCGCCAGGUAAAUAUCAAAAGGUGCCUUGGUUUAUAUGCUUGGCGUCAAGUGGAUAUCAAAAGGUGCCUUGGUGCAUAUGCUUGGCGUCAAGUGGAUAUCAAAAGGUGCCUUGGUGCAUAUGCUUGGCGUCAAGUGGAUAUCAAAAGGUGGCUUGGUGCAUAUGCUUGGCGUCAGGUGGAUAUCAAAAGGUGGCUUGGUACAAUGCUUGACGCCAGAUAAAUAUCAAAAGGGUAAUUUGGCGUCAGGUGAAUAUCAAAAUGUGGCAUCGGGUGAAUAUCAAAAGUUAACUUGGGUAAAAGGAAAUCAACAAAUUACUAAACGCCAUAUGAAUAUCAAAUAGUGAGUAGACGCAAAGUGGGCAUCAAAAUGUGGUUUGUCGGCAAAUUGAUACGAUGAGACUGUGCGCCACGUUGUAGGGGGUAAGCAAUCUUAGCCUGGCAACAAAAUGCUUUAAUGCGCGUAACUAAAACCAUAAAAACACGCAGGUACAAAAGUAACUUGUUUAUUAUCUAUCAAUCUCUUCAAUAGAAAAUGCGAAGCAACAACUACAAACCAUGUGUGCGUAAUACCGCAACCAUCGCCCAAGUGACCCUGGUCGCACAGCGUCGUGUAUUAUAAAAACUGCUUCAUAUUCGAAAUCAAAUGCGAUUACUAACAUUUAACUAUGUACAAACUAUAUACGGCAAUUAAAUUGCAUAUUGACUAACGGCAGGCACUGUAUCACCAGGGUAAUUUGGGCUUUAAGGCAAGCGUGUCCUACACAAACCAAUCACAAUUUUCCUAAAAGCAACAGUUGUUAAAUUAACGAAAUGAAAACUCGGUGGGCAAGGCGCACAACACUUAUGGAAAAAUAUGUUGCGGCUCACAAAACUGUGAUGGAAGAAAUACGAAGGCUAGAUGCUGAUAAACGAAACGCAUGCAAGACGCCGGCUCACAGCGUCAAAUCUGGACUGAAAAUUUUUCAACAUCACUACCAUAGGAUAUGAUCACUUUGUGCAAAACCCAAUUGAAACUGGGUAAAUUGUUAUUGCAAAAAUUAUCGAAAUUGCCGUUAACAUUCAUUAUAUUCUACAUAAGAUAGUUUCUGGCGAAAUAAACAAAUCGCGAUAGAUUGUGGAAAUGGUAUAACAAGAACCAAUUUAUCUAGAAAACAGAACACCACUUAAAUCAACAUAUAAAAUCUCGAAUCGACCAAAUUUAACAACUGAAUUGGGAAAGGAUUAAAAAGGGAUUACGAUCACUAAACAAGGUGUAUAAUUAAGUGCAUUAUAUUAAAAAGAAACGUCCGUGAAUAUAUUGGAGGCAGUCAGGAAGUCAGGCUCCCUGUGGUAUCUUUGCUGAUGACUCCAGGAAAGGCAGCGUGGGGAAUGAUGCGGUGUCUUGACGAGGUGAAUCACGCAGUCAGGAAGUCUGCCAGGCACCCUGUGGUAUCUUUGCUGAUGACUCCAGGAAAGGCAGCAUGGGGGAAUGAUGUGGUGUCUUGACGAGGUGAAUCGCGGGGCAGGGCGCAUCAGUUGGAAGAUCGCGCAAACGACACGCGAAGGUGGUGUGUCUCGCUUAUUUUGUAGUUAUGCAUUUUCUA